AGUUGACGCUUCCGCAGUAAACUUCAUGCUCGUUCCCUCUCCGCUCGACGACCUACAGAUUCAGGGGAACUCUCCAAAAAUGGGUCACUGUGCUUUAUUCCUUUUAGUGGCGUUAUUUUCUGUAGCACGGACACAGUUUAUUCCACCGUACACUGAAGACUGCCGGGCAGACAUGUAUCCACCAAAGGGUCCCACGUACAAAGGGGGUGUCAGCUGGUACACGGUGGACCUCGACCUGCCGCCCAUCAAGAGGUGGACAGCUCUGAUAACUGACAAGAAAACAGACCUCGUCGGCGUGAUAGAGGCCAUCAAAGAGUUGGCUGAUGCGUUUGUUCCCAGCGGCAGGCUGAUACAGCUGGUUGACAUCACACUGCCCUUAAUGUGGACUACACUCCCUGCUCCUUUCGCGGAUGAAAUUAAAGGAAUCGCUGAUGCUUCAGGGAUUCCUCUUGGUGAAGUCGUACUGUUCAACAUCUUCUAUGAAGUGUUCACCGUGUGCACAUCAAUUGUUGCAGAAGACAGUAAAGGGAACCUCAUUCAUGGCAGGAACCUGGACUUUGGAUUAUUUAUGGGCUGGGAUAUGAAAAACAAGUCAUGGAUCAUUAGUGAGAAGCUGAAGCCUCUGGUGGUCAACCUCGACUUCAAGAGAAACAACCAGACCGUCUUCAAGUCUACCAACUUUGCUGGAUAUGUCGGCAUGCUGACUGGCAUCAAGCCUCACAUUUUCACUCUGACUAUGAACGAACGCUUCAGUCUGGAUGGAGGGUACAUUGGAAUCCUGGAGUGGAUAUUCGGAAACAGAGAUGGGAUGUGGAUGAGCUUUCUCACUCGCUCCGUCUUGGAAAAUGCAAACAGCUACGAGGAAGCCAAAGCCCGGCUGGCUCAGACCAAGCUGCUGGCUCCGGCCUACUUCAUCCUGGGAGGAAACAGCACAGGCCAGGGCUGCAUCAUCACCCGGUCCAGAGAGCUCAGUCUGGAUGUCUUGGAGAUCGACGUGAAGCUGGGCCGGUGGUACGUCCUGGAGACGAACUACGAUCACUGGGAGGAGCCUCUGUUCCUGGACGACCGCAGAACUCCAGGCAUGAAGUGCAUGAACCAGACCACACAGAAAAACAUUUCACUAAAGACCAUGUAUGACGUGCUCUCAACCAAACCAGUGCUGAACAAGCUAACUACAUACACAACACUAAUGCAAGUGUCCGGGGGACAUCUUGAGUCGUAUAUCCGCGACUGUCCAAACCCCUGCAUGCCCUGGUAACACCUCAACCACUGAACCCAGAGCAGUUUGUAAAUGCUCACCUGCACAGAGAAGCUGUGAGACGAGACGAGGUCAGCUGAUGUUGGAGCAAAUCUUUAAGGGUUGUUUCUUUGUUAACAUUUGCACUGCUACCAAUCACCUGAACCAAAGCGCGUCUGCACAGCAAUGUCAAAUGUGUUUAAUUUGUCUGAUAACUUGUAAAACAAUCUGUCUGUACAAAGCUUUGAUAAAAACAGUCCCCAAUGUUUGUGCACAAAGGGAAUUUUGUAUGAAAGUGAAUCACACUUGUAAAUGUUUUACCUCUGUAAUAAUAUGAGCAGGGUGAGUUUGUCAGUGAUUUUCAGUGUGGAACAGGGAACCAGCAGAGGAUUGUUAGAUAAGACGACUAAUGUAAAUAUUUCUCAAUUUAAUGCCAAAAUGUUGCAAAGCCACUCAGCUCUCACCAUGGUGUGCCUCCAGACUCUGUGACCUUGCUUUAGUGUGUCUCCAAAACUGUUGUCAACGUUCAGAUGUCCGUAAAGUUACAGGUACUGACAACCUCACUGACCCUCUCACUCUGAAACUGACCAAUGUACCUCCUUGCUGAGACGCUCCCCUUUUUUAAUGUGUUAAUAAAGGUUUAAUAAAAAGAUCCCAAAUUUGA